CGGCCCGCCCCCCGCCGCCCGCGGCGCAGCGCCCUCCCCGAGCUGUUUUGAAAGUGACCCUGGGCUGCGCGGCCGCGGGGCGGCGGGCGCCGCGGGAACCAUGACAGAAGAUGACCGAGGCGGCGCUGGUGGAGGGCCAGGUCAAGCUGCGGGACGGCAAGAAGUGGAAGACUAGGUGGCUGGUGCUGCGCAAGCCGUCCCCGGUGGCAGACUGCCUGCUGAUGCUGGCCUACAAGGACAAGGCGGAGCGAGCCAAGGGCCUCCGGGAGCGCAGCAGCCUGAUGCUGGAGGACAUCUGUGGCCUGGAGCCCGGCCUGCCCUACGAGGGCCUGGCCCACACGCUGGCCAUCAUCUGCCUGUCCCAGGCCGUCAUGCUGGGCUUCGAGAGCCGCGAGGCCAUGUGCGCCUGGGACGCCCGGAUCCGCUAUGCGCUCGGCGAGGUGCACAGGUUCCACGUGACGGUGGCGCCAGGCACCAAGCUGGAGAGCGGCCCCGCCACCCUUCACCUCUGCAAUGACAUCCUUGUGGUGGCCAGGGACGUCCCCCCGGCUGUCAUGGGGCAGUGGAAGCUGUCCGACCUCCGGCGCUAUGGGGCCGUCCCCAACGGAUUCAUCUUUGAAGGAGGGACCAGGUGUGGGUACUGGGCCGGAGUCUUCUUCCUGUCCUCCGCCGAGGGAGAGCAGAUCAGCUUCCUGUUCGACUGCAUCGUCCGGGGCAUCUCCCCAACCAAGGGGCCCUUCGGGCUGCGGCCGGUUCUCCCAGACCCGAGCCCCGGGGGACCUGCCACCGUGGAGGAGCGGGUGGCCCAGGAGGCCCUGGAAGCCCUGAAGCUGGAGAAGCGGCUCAGCCUCCUCGCCCACGCGGUCCGGCCCGGCAGCGGAGGGGAUGACCGCAGCCUGUCCAGCUCGUCCUCGGAGGCCAGCCACUCGGACGUCAGCGCCAGCAGCCGGCUCACCGCGUGGCCGGAGCCGCCCUCGUCCUCGGCCGGCACGUCGCAGGAGGGCCCGGGGCUGGCGGCUGCCCAGGCCUCCAGGGAGGCGGUGCCGGGCACCUCGAGGCCGCUCCCCAAGCCGCUGCGGCCGCGGCAGCUGCAGGAGGUCGGCCGCCAGGGCUCGUCGGACAGCGGCAUCGCCACGGGCAGCCACUCCUCCUACUCGGGCAGCUUCUCGUCCUGUGCCGGCAGCAGCCUGGACGUGUGGCGCGCAGGGGACGAGUUUGGCUCCCUGCUCAGCCUGCCGCCGGUGGCCGGGGUGCCCGAGCCCAGCCUGUGCACCUGCCCACCGGGGACAGCGGAGUACCAAGUGCCCACGGCCCUGCGGCACCAUUAUGACACGCCGCGCAGCCUGCGCCAGGCCCCCAGGGACCAGACCCUGGCCGCGCAGGGCGGCCCUGACGACGGUGGGGCCGGGGACUCGGGUGGCCAGAUGUCCGCGGGGUGUCCCUCCGGCUGGCUGGGCGCGAGGCGGCGGGGACAGGCGACGGAGGCUCCGGGCUGCGAGGCCCCUGGCGAGGGCUGGGAAGCAGGCAGCCCCCACGCUGGGCCUCCUCCAGCUUUCUUUUCCACCUGUCCGGUCUGUGGAGGACUCAAGGGAGCGGCUGCCUCAGCCCCUGGCCUGCUGAUGAUGCACUCAGGAGCCCCAGGGCCCGAGAGACCGUGCAGCGAGGCGCCCCCCUACGUGAACAUCCCGGUCAGCCCCUCCUCCAAAACGCAGCUGCACUACAUGGGCCUGGAGCUCCAGGGGGCCAGCGCAGGGAUCCGAGGGGCUGGCGCCUCCCGCUAUGCACAGAUCGACAUCACAGCUACCGAGGCGGCCCACAGGGUGGGGGCCCAGCAUGCACAGAGCCGGGAGGAGCGGCUGCCGGAGCUGGAGCGGAGGAGGAAGGGCGCCCUACGGUGAGGACACCCCCUGCCACGACGGGGCAGCUCACUGAGCCGGAGUCACUUCUGCUGGCCGCGGCCGAGGGCACCAGGGAGCCCGCCAGCUUUGCUGCAUCCCGGGCGGUCUGGGCCCUGUGACUGGGGCCUCCUGGCUGCAAGGUGGCCACGGCUGGUCCCCACGCCUUCCCCGCCCCACUGGUCACUGCUGCCCAGACCUGACCCUUCCUUUGGCCUCCAUGAGUCACGCGGGACCUCUGGCAAGUCGGGGGGAGCCACGCGUCCAGGCGUCAGGCAGCUUGCAGUUGGUCCCCUGAGACAGAGCAGCGUGUCGCUGCAGGUGCCCUGGGGGGAUUGGACAGCAAUGUCCACGGCUCUGGGAUGCAAAGCACCCUCCCCUUCCCUGGAGGUGGUGGCCCCCCAGCUGAGGCCAGGCAUGCCCUUGGGAAACAGGGCCCCAAACCACAGCAAGGCCGGACCAGGUCCCACCUCUGCUGAGCGUCCUGCAGUCGCCUCCGGCUGUCCCACGCCUGGGUCACCACUGCCCUGUGCCUGGGGACCCUGCCGCCCAGGAGCCCUGGGGGCGGCGGGGCUGUUCCCCCUUCAGACCCACCAGGCUCCUAAUGUGGCCCCACACACGUUUACCUGACUGCGUUGCUUCUUAGGACCCAUUACUGUUGGUCGUGCAGAUAGUUUAAAAUCGUUAAUGUUCUAUUUUUAACAUGCACAUUAUUUUCCUGAAGGAUGAGGUGCUUUCUCUUUCUUGGGCUGUGGCUUUGCCUGACCCUGGACACGGCUCUGUCGUCUUGACACAGCUCAGGCGCUCAGGUGCCGGGUUAUCCCCACCUUGGUGGGUCUGGGUGGGGUUUCCCUGUUUCCUCCCAACGGUGCCUGUGGCCUUGGGGAAGUUUUGUGGCAUUUUCAUGACUCAGUGAGCAGGAGGGA